ACGCAGCCCUGAGCUCUGAAAGUAGCCUGCACACCUAUGACAUCGUGGCUGUGGUCAUCUACUUUGUCUUCGUCAUCGCUGUGGGGAUCUGGGCAUCAAUCCGUGCAAACCGAGGGACCAUUGGUGGUUAUUUCCUGGCAGGCAGGUCCAUGAGUUGGUGGCCGGUGAGUGCCCUCACACAUCCCCCAACCCACAUCCCCCUGUCAUCUUCUCUUGCCUGAGCCAAGGUACCAGCCUCCCAUUGGGGUUCCCAAUUCUAGACUCCUCUGUCACCCUAAUCUACCCCACACUCCAAGUGGCCUUAAUAACACAGUUUGACAAGCCCCACUAGAACCUUCUGAGUGUGGGUCCUAGGCUUGUUCUAGACUCACAGAAAUAGAGCUAGAGUGUCCCUACCCUAGAGUAGCUCAGAGCUGAGUGGACAGACGGACUCAUGAGCAACAUGAUUAAAGCUGGGCUAGACAAAACCCUCAGGGUCUCUUGAGAGCUUCAAGGUUGCCCCUGCACUGGGCAGUAGGCUGCAUUUUUGCGGGGUAAGCUCCUUGGGAAGGAGCCAUUGAAUAAAUAGUCAAGUGAGGAGAUUGAGGAGCACAGUCCCUGACUCCACAUGAAACUAAUCCCUCAAGUGUUCCCCCUGUUCUAGCCCAUCAGACCACCCCACAUUUCUACUGGUCCUUGAAACUCAAUAGGAUGGAAGGAGAUGAGCCCUGUUUGGAAAACUAGUAGUGGACUCAUCAAUUCUGGUGGGAAAUGAAGCUGUGUGCACACUCAGGCUGUGUGCACACCCAGGUCUGCCAGCCUCACAUUCACUCAUACACACUCAGGCACCCAUACACAUUCCUAUAGGCCCACAUACACACACACUUGCACACUUACACACUUUCCCACUCACACACUCGCACAAUCGCACCCUCACACACACUCCCAUGCAGUCUUACACAUUUUCUCACACUCAUUCUCGCAUGUCCUCUUACAGUCACAGUCAACCUCGUGCUUCUUACUCUCAUGCUCACACACUCAUAGUCACGACCCCGCUCUCACACACUCCCUCCAGCACAUACUCUAGAGAACUAAACCCAUGGAAACAGCUCUGCUUAGCCAGGGACUCCCAAAGGGCAGUCCUGGAACCCACGUAGGCACCAAGUACAAAGCUCAUCAGGACAGGCUGUUCUGUCCGGCUCAGAAGAAAGCCUAGGCCCUGCUGCCCAAGCUCCAGCCUGCAGAGGGCAGAGUGUCGGCCCAAGUGGGCCUGAAGAAAGCCAGGCUUCCAGCAGGAGCUGUCUCAGCAGGGCUCCCAGGGACCCAUGAGCCCCACACAGUAAGUGCAGUGUGCUGCUGCCACCUUUGGGUGACCAGUUGUGAACUGUGCCUCCGACACCUGAAGCUUAAUCUAACCUGAGCCAGGUUGGGUGCAGUUCCAACCCCAGAUGCCUGAAAUAAUUAACUCCAUGCUCAGUUCAGCACUACUGCAGCAGCGUGCCCAGGGGUCUUUCUUGCCUGUGCUGACGCUGUGCCCCUGCAGAGUGUCCCAGCAAGGCUGUCAGCAGAAGAAUAGCAGCCAUCCCUGCUCAGAGAGGCCUGCGUGCUCCUCUUCUUCUUACCUUCCACAUCUCCUGGAUUAGGAGCGGGGCGUCCCGGGGAGGGUGAGAUGGGCAUGCCUCCUUCCUAGGAGAACCUUCUCUCCCGCAGCAGGGACCAUGCACUCUCUCUUCUGGCCCAAGGCUCCAGUCCAUCCCUACCAUCACCGUCGGGCCACCAGAGAGUGAGAGUAUAAAUGCAUGCAAAUGUCUGCAUGUGUGUGUAAGAGAAUAUGUAUUGGAGCAUCUCUGAUGUCCAGCAAUGUGGGCAGUGGCUUGUUCAUCGGCCUGGCUGGCACAGGGGCUGCUGGGGGCCUCGCUGUGGGUGGCUUUGAGUGGAACGCAACCUUCCUGCUUGUGGCCCUUGGUUGGAUCUUUGUCCCUGUGUACAUUGCAGCUGGUGUGGUCACUACGCCACAGUACCUCAAGAAGCGAUUUGGGGGUGAAAGGAUCCAGGUGUAUAUGUCUGUCCUGUCUCUCAUCCUCUACAUCUUCACCAAGAUAUCGACUGACAUCUUCUCUGGAGCCCUCUUCAUCCAGAUGGCUUUGGGCUGGAACCUCUACCUCUCCACAGGGAUCCUGCUCGUGGUGACAGCUAUCUACACCAUCACAGGGGGCCUCACGGCCGUGAUCUACACAGAUGCUCUGCAGACAGUGAUCAUGGUAGGGGGAGCCCUGGUCCUCAUGUUUCUAGGCUUUCAGAAGGUAGGCUGGUACCCAGGCCUGCAGCAGCUCUACAGCCAGGCCCUUCCUAAUGUCACAGUCCCCAACACCACUUGUCACCUCCCACGGCCAGAUGCCUUCCACAUGCUUCGUGACCCCGUGAGCGGGGACAUUCCCUGGCCAGGGCUCAUUUUUGGGCUCACAGUACUGGCUACCUGGUGUUGGUGCACAGAUCAGGUCAUUGUGCAGAGGUCUCUGUCUGCCAAGAAUCUGUCCCAUGCCAAAGGAGGCUCAGUGCUGGGGGGCUACCUGAAAAUCCUCCCCAUGUUCUUCAUCGUCAUGCCUGGCAUGAUCAGCAGGGCCCUGUACCCAGAUGAGGUGGGCUGUGUGGAUCCUGAUGUCUGCCAAAGAGUGUGUGGGGCCCGCGUGGGAUGUUCCAACAUCGCCUAUCCCAAGCUGGUCAUGGCUCUCAUGCCCAUAGGUCUGCGGGGCCUGAUGAUCGCGGUGAUCAUGGCGGCCCUCAUGAGCUCCCUCACCUCCAUCUUCAACAGCAGCAGCACCCUGUUCGCCAUCGACGUGUGGCAGCGUUUCCGCAGGAGGGCCACAGAGCAGGAGCUGAUGGUGGUGGGCAGGGUGUUUGUGGUGUUCCUGGUGGUCGUCAGCAUCCUCUGGAUCCCCAUCAUCCAGAGCUCCAGCAGCGGGCAGCUCUUCGACUACAUCCAGUCUGUCACUAGCUACCUGGCACCGCCCGUCACUGCCCUCUUCCUGCUGGCCAUCUUCUGCAGGAGAGUCACAGAGCCUGGAGCCUUUUGGGGCCUCAUGUUUGGCCUGGGAGUGGGCCUUCUGCGCAUGAUCCUCGAGUUCUCUUACCCAGCCCCAGCUUGUGGUGAGGUGGACCGGAGGCCAGCCAUGCUGAAGGACUUCCACUAUCUGUACUUUGCCCUGCUUCUCUGUGGGCUCACUGCGAUCGUCAUUGUCAUCAUCAGCCUCUGUACGACACCCAUCCCUGAGGAAAAGCUCACUUGCUUGACCUGGUGGACACGAAACUGCCCCACCUCUGAGCUGGAGAAGGAGGCCUGUGAAAGCCAGAGCGAGAGGGAGAGUGUGCCAGGGAGGUCUGAGAGACUGGUCCAGGAAAGCCUCUCAGGAAGAGUCGCCCCAGGGAACUGCAGCCAGGGCCCAGAGCAGCCCGGAGUCUCCCGCAGGUCCUGGGGAAAGCUGCUGUGGGGUUGGCUCUGUGGGCUCUCUGGAACCCCAGCACAGGUCCUGAGCCCAGCAGAAAAGGCAUCUCUGGAACAGAAGCUGACCAGCAUCAAGGAAGAACCACUCUGGAGAAGCAUCUGCAACAUCAAUGCCAUCCUCCUGCUGGCCAUCAACAUCUUUCUCUGGGGCUAUUUUGCAUGACUCCACAGACUCAGCUUCAGCCAAAACCAGCUAAACACAGCGCAAGCCCAGUCCGGUGCAGAGACAGGCUCUCUUCCUACCCUGCCCUGAACUGGAGACCAUGGAGGCUGAGCAUGGCAGAGAUCCAUGGAGCGUUAAUCUGACAUGUUCCACAAGUGGAGAAUACAAGGCCCAGAGAGAAUUCUGGGUCUGCGCAAGGCCACAGAGCAGCGCUCAUUCUGGGCCUCCCAACUCGGGAUCCUAUACCACUACACUGCCUUACGUUCUUACCUCGUAAAGAGCUUCAACCCUCUUCCUGAGUUUAUUCAGGAAUCUUUACUGUACAUGUGACUUGAGGUUAGAAAAAUGGAGGAUACAAGAAAGAUAACAGGGAAAAAAUUUGUGAAACUCCAAGUGCACCUUUCUCCUCCACCUCCCCUAACCUCUCUUUCUCUAAUUUUCAGCCCCAGGUAAUCUAUAGCAUGAAUCUACCAAGGACAGACUUACAUUUCCAUCGGUGGCUCUGUCAGAGCUGUUAGACCAAAAAGAAUGAGGGUCAAGGGUGGCACUGCAGGGUGAUGGCAGGUGGCAUUUAGAGCAGGCAGCUCUUGGACAAGGCACUCUGAUGGGCACUAUUUAAACGUUGCUUCUUCCUACCUUCAAACCCAAACCUGUGUCAAGUCUCCAUGAGGAAUCUAACAGUCCAGUUGAGAGCCAUAACUGUGGAAAGGAAGAGGACUCAAAGCCUUGAAGGUCAACCCUGCAGGGUCAACAAGGACAGCUUCAGAGCCACAGCAUGGGGUGCUUUGCCACUCCUUUUGCCACCCAAACCUCUGCCACCAUGGAAUACACUGAAACCCAUCUAAGUAUUGGACAGGAAGGUGCCCAGCCAGGAAGCUGUCCAGUGUCCCAAACUGGGUUAGGGUCCCACUCUUGUUUGCAUAGCCCCAUGGAACAGCUUCUACAAGGUACUGGUCAUACCAGCAGUUGUGUUUUCUCCCCCUAGAUGGUAUACUCCAAGGAACAGGCACCAACUACUAUGUCCAACUUGACUAUGUUUCCCAAAAUAAUAUAUACCAAUAAAUGUUUGUUGAAUGAAUAAA